ACCAAGACACGUGAAGGUCAGGAACUGCCUUGUUGGAACAUUGUCGGAACUUCUAUUAAAAUUGAUACUGUAAAAGAAGGUGUUGACUGAGGCAGUAGCCACGCGAAUGGAUAGCCAAGGAGUGACGGCAGACCCUCAGCUUCAGCAAUUUAUUGAAGUGGAGUCACAAAAACAACGAUUUCAGCAGCUAGUCCACCAGAUGACAGAAGUGUGUUGGGAAAAAUGCAUGGACAAACCUGGCCCCAAGCUGGACUCAAGGACAGAGGCCUGCUUUGUGAACUGUGUAGAGCGUUUCAUUGACACAAGCCAGUUCAUCCUCAACAGGCUGGAACAGACCCAGAGGAGUCGGGGCUCCUUCUCAGAGACCAUGUACGAUUAGCUGUGCCUUGACCAUUGCAUGGACGGACAGACAGACGGACACAUGACAAACAGUUGCAGACCAGCACUGAACCUGCAGUUUGGCCUGCUGGUUCACAGUGGGUUAAGAAGGGCCAAGCAGCAAGCAGAAAUAAACAGAAAAAGUUGUCGUUGAAGUACCUCAGUAAUGCUCUGUGCACCAUCUUUCCAGGACCUCUGAUCCUGAUCCCACAUUGUCCCUUCCUACCAGUGUAGAUGGAAGUUAAUUCUAGCUUGUGUUGUAAGAACAUUUUGUUUUGUGGGAAGACACGUCAAGCUGUUGUUUUUUUGGAAACCUAAUGUUUUAACCAAUGGGUUCAAACAUGAUGGUAUAGUCAGUGACAUGACAGGAAGCCACAUUAAUACCCACAGGUGUGGAACAGUAUCUCCAUGACACGGUGUGUAGGCAUGAGAAACAUACAGAGCAAUGGGGUGAACUUCACCUCCACAUCCGCAAGCAACCGUACAGGGACUAACUGCGUAACAGGGCACUUGCUGUGUCUUACUGGGAACACCCCGGUAUCUGAGGCAAACAACAGUUUUUGUUCAGCUGGACGUUUGCAAUAUAAAUGAAUCACAAAAUCA